GCCUAUGGCGCCAUCAGCGGCGAGCUGCUCGUGACGCUGCGGCUCCCUGCCACGGCGCCGCUGUCGGAGCUGCGCCGCGCUGUGGCGGCCGCGCUGCUUCCGGCGCCGGCGGAUGCUCGGUUCAUCGUUGAGGUGAAGCUCUUCCACGACGGGCUGCCGCUGAACGGAGCGACCCUGGUGGACGCGGGGCUCAGGACUGGUGCUGAAAUCCAGGUGAUCAUUUGCAACUCGCAGCAACUUCUGGCAGGAGCAGUCGAUGGUACUGGAAGCAUUUGGGACUUGGAAGGCCCGACAAAGGUCCACGGGUUUCACCACGGCGCCGAGUUGCACAGUGCGGCGGUGUCGCCGGAUGGCAAGUUCCUGGGGACCGCCGGGGCGGAUGGGCAGGUGAUCCUGUGGCAAAGAGAGCCCUUGGAUGUGGAGUUCAACUUGCAGGGCCACCAGGGACAAGUCUACCCCAUCCGUUUCUGUCCAGUCUCCUCCAGCCUGUUCUCUGCAUCAGGCGACGCCACGGCGCGGCUCUGGGACAUUUGCUCGGGCCAAGAGUUGCUUUGUUUGCGGGGCCAUCGCCGUGACGUGAACGCCUGUGCUGUCUCCCCGGACGGCCAUGUCCUGGCCACGGGCUCGGACGACUAUUGCUUCGCCACCUGGGAUAGGAGGACAGGUCAGCAGCUCCAGCACUGGGACGGUCGCCGCGGCGAGGGCCACAGCGGCCGCGUCUACGCAGUGGCCUUCGAGGGAACGGGGCGCUACCUGGCCACCGGUGCGGUGGACAAAAAGGCCAAGAUUUGGGACCUCCGCAAGGGCGGCCCGGGCGGCCGCUGCCUGCAUGCUUUUAGCCACACGGAUCUUGUGAAUUCUGUGGAGUUUUCGGCCGAUGGCAAGCUGGUCGCCUCGGCGUCGGACGACGCCUUUGUGCAUGUGUGGAAGGCGGAGGAUGCAACACUGGUGGCAUCGCACCAACAUCCCAUGCCGGUCAUGUGUGCCACCUUCUCCGAAGACGGCGGACUCGCCAGUGGCUGCAGCGAUGGCCACCUGAGGUUCUGGAAAGACACCGAGCAGGUCGUGGGGCUCGGUGAAGAGACGUCAACGACGCUGACUUGUCGUGCGGCUGUGAAGUCCGUGAGCUUCAUCCCAUUGUGAUGAGAUGUGAUGAGAUGUGAGGACCCUCUGGUUAUGUCAAC